AUGUCGCCGGCUACAGCAGUUGCUGGCCCAAUAGCUGCAGCUACGGCUUCAGUAGCUUUGGGAGCAUAUUUGCUAGACUCAACUCUGGGAGUUUCCAUAGACAUUCGAGGAAUCCGGGAGGACAAGAAACGAGAAAAAUGGUUUGGCGAGCGUAUAGAGCGACUAGGUGACCGUGUCAACCUGUACCACUCUCUGGAGCUGGCUAUUCCCGAGGCAGAUGCCUUCUGGUUCGGAGGAAGGUCAUGGAAUUAUGCUGCCAUGAAAACCGAGGUGGAUGCAUUGGCACUCAGCUACCGGGCGAUCGGCGUCGUUGACAAAGAUAUGGUGGCUGUGUUCAUGACGAAUUCCCCGGAAAUGGUCUUCAGUCUGUAUGCUUUGUCGAAGCUGGGCGCUACGGUAGCCUUGCUCAAUUCUGCUUUGAGAGAUGAUACUUUGGCACACUGCAUCAAAGUGCCACAAGCGAGUCACAUCAUCAGCACUCCAGAUUUGGCUCUGUUUGCCGCCAGAGCAGCAGAGUCUCUUGACGGGACCAUCGAAACGUACUCGGUAAACCGUGGCUCUUUCGUGCCAUGGUUUGUUGCAACGGACACGGUCAACGUGAAAGACCUGCCAAUCAUCGACGCAGCAACAGCGACUCCAGUGAUUCCACCACGCGCUAGCCCCAACGACUUCGGCUUAUUGAUUUAUACUUCUGGCACAACAGGAAAACCGAAGGCGUGCGCCAUCAAGAACGGUCGCCUUGCCGGAGGAUCUGUUGUCUUAGCCAACGAUUUAGUGAACCCGAAGAAGUACUUGUCUCCCCUGCGCACCUACAGCUGCAUGCCCUUGUUUCACGGAACCACCCUUUUCGUCGGACUGUGCUACAGCGUGGGCGCGUCGGGGUGUUUCUGCCUGGCGCGGAAGUUUUCGGUGCGCAAUUUCUGGAAGGAUGUCUCUCAAUCACGUGCGACGAAAAUCUUGUACGUCGGUGAACUAUGUCGGUACUUACUAAAAGCGCCCCCAGGAGAGUACGACCGCAAGCAUCAGUGUAUUGUCGCCAUGGGGAACGGGCUACAAAAGGACGUCUGGCUGCCAUUCAUGAAACGCUUUGGAGUACCCGAGGUCCGCGAAUUCUACCGCUCCACCGAAGGUUAUGCGAAAUUUGACAACCAGCACUUUGGAAGCAGGAGAGGCGCGGGGAAGGUCGGGUUUCAGGGCGUGUACAGACGUCAACUCGAGAAAGACCAAUUUAUCGUCAAGUUCGACUACGACAACGAAAUGCCCUACAGGGAUCCGAAGACGGGGUACUGCGUGUUUGCAGCACCCAACGAACCCGGAGAGGUGAUCGCCAGGAUCAAGAACAUGGCGUUGUAUCCCGAGUACGUGGGGAAUACGCAGGCCACCGAGGCCAAGAUCAUGCGUGACGUUUUUGCGAAGGGCGACCUUUGGCAACGUAGCGGCGAUCUCCUAAGGCAAGAUCGACUCGGCUGGGUCACCUUCGUCGACCGGAUAGGCGACACUUUUCGAUGGAAAGGCGAAAACGUCAGUGCAGGUGAAGUGCGAGCCUUCAUAUCUGAAAUGCAGCAUGUAUUGGACGUCGUGGUGGUUGAAAAGCAGCUCAAGGGCUACGAUGGGCAAACCGGUGCCGCGUUCAUUAGCCUUGACGGCUCAUCUGGCGGCGAGAUCGAGGAGCGGUUCAUAAAGGGACUAUAUCGCGCUUUGCGGAAAAUGGGUCUGCCAGGUUAUGCUCUUCCCAGGCUUGUGGCCGUCACAAAUGAGCUUGCGGCCGUGGGUGACACCUUCAAGCAUGCCAAACAGAGUGUCAAGAGCCUUGACUGGAGUCCGGACGCCUCGGACAGUGGUAUGCGGAAAUACUGGCUCGAUUCUGAAGCUCAGACGUACAAACCGAUUGAUGCGAAGAGCUGGGCCACCAUCGAAACUGGUCAAGCCAAGUUAUGAGAGCCCUUGAAUAGGCGACACAGAAACAAGUUUUCUAUAAGAUUAACGGCGAGGCUGUUGCCAGGCCCAUCUAGAAGCGAUUCAGGAUUCAUGUUGAUCAAGUCUCCAUAGCUAUGCCCAAAAGCUCAAUCGGGGUGUAUGAC